AUGGAGCCUGAAUCUUCCAAAUGGAAGCACCAGGUGAAAGUGAUGUUCCUUGGGGACGUCGCAAAGUCCAAAGAGGAGAGACGACUAGUUCGGAAACUCGACCUCUUCGUUCUGACGUAUUGCUGCUUCAGCUACUUCGUCAACUAUCUUGAUCGUGCCGCUUUUGCGAAUGCUUACGUCGCAGGGUUGAAAGAAGACGUCGGUCUUCACGGCUCACAGUACAAUGUUUUGCUGUCGGUAAUGACCGCUGGAUACGUUAUCGCUCAGAUCCCACAUGGCAUCGCCAUCCAGAAAAUCGCUCCGCGCUUGUGGCUGCCGUCGAUGGUGUUGCUUUGGGCUGGAUUAACCAUGUGCACUGCUGCAUGCAAGACGUACGAGCAGAUGUGUGUCGUGCGCUUCCUUCAGGGUAUGGCUGAGGCAAGCACGUACUGCGGGACGAUGUACAUCAUGGGGUCGUGGUACAAGCCCUUGGAAAUUGCCAAAAGAACGGCCAUCUUCACCGCCGUGGGCCAGGCUGGUAGCAUGUUCGCUGGUGUGAUGAUGACGGCUGUCCACAAAAGCAUGGACGGGUAUGCUGGACUGCCUGGAUGGAAAUGGGUCUUUCUCAUCGACGGAAUCAUUACCCUGCCGGUUGCCAUUGCGGGUUUCGUCUGCUUCCCCGACAUCCCCGAGCACACAAAAGCGCACUUCUUCAGUCUUCAGGAAGAGGACAUCAAGCUUGCGAUCAAGCGCCUGCCCCCGAAGAGGGAAGACGCACAUAACAUCUCUCCCAUCUCUCUGGCCAAGCGGAUUUUGGGCCAACCAUACUUCUACGUCCUCGGAGCCUUCUCCAUUGUUACAGGGGCCCUCGAGGCGUUCUGCGUGCAGUCGCUAUUCCUCCUCUGGAUGAAGUUCCACAGCGACCGCUACACCAGCUCGCAGAUCACGACGUACCCGCUGGGCGUACAGGGAGUUGCCAUCGCGUCCAACAUCGGAGCCGCCAUGUACAUGGACGCGACGGGUCACCGCCUUCCCGUGGGUUUCCUGGCGUGCGGCCUGCAGCUUAUUUCGACGGUGCUCAUUCUCAUCCCAACCGUUCCGGAUGCGGGAACCUUCUUUGCGUAUUAUCUUGCAGGGACCAGUUAUAUGGUCAACCCGCUAUUGUUCGGAUGGGCCAACAUUAUCUUGAAGAGAAGCGGUGACGAGGCGGCCCGAAGUGUGUUGCUGUACUGGCUGAACGCUAUUCAGAGCACGUUGUACACUUUCUGGGGCAUCGCUCUGUACCCUGCGGAUGAGGCGCCGUACUGGCGCAAGGGAGGGAUCGCCAUGUGCGUGGUCGUGGUCAUCAUGGCCUGCAUGUUGUGGGCAGUGAAGUGGCUGGACAGAAAGUCCCUCGCCGAACAGAUUGUGGAGGAUGAGGACUGCCCGACGGAGGUGAACCAAGUUUCCUGA